UCGUUGCUUCGGCUUGCUAGCACAAAACCAUAACAGAGGCGAUGUUGUCGUCUUAAAACCUCGAGAGAAUUCGAAACAAUUUCAGACACCGCUGUUAGUUUGACCGGUGAUUUACUGACGGAUCGUUGUUUUUGUCGGACGACUGAAAAUUAGCGAAACUUCGACUGAAAUGGAGGACCCUGGCGGUACAGGAUCCGAGUCUGUGGCUCCAUCACCUGCAGGCUCAACCAAGUCAAAGCUGGACACACUGUCCAAAGAUGACCUGAUAAAGUUUGCAAAGAAGCAGAUGGCUGCUAUGCAGAAGAUGAAAAGCAGAUGUGCAGAGUUGGAGAAAGAAGCUGAAUCCCUUAGACAACAACCUAAAAACAAUAGUACCAGCUCAGAUGAUUCUGCUCUGAUGCAGGAACUGACAGAGAGGAUGGAUGCCUUACUCCUGGAGAAGGCAGAAACUCAGCAAAGUCUUGCAAUGUCACGUAAGGAUCUAGAAAAGACAAAACAGCAAGCCAAGAAUGAUCUCACUGCCCUGAAAGAGGAGCUUGACCUUGUAAUAGAAGACCACCUAAGGAAGAUCAAGACCCUAGAGAGCAGUAUUGAGGAAUCCAACAACAAACACCAAGAAGAGGUGGCUUAUUUCCAGCAAUUACUUAAAGAGCGAGAAGAAAAUGACAGGAAGAGGGAGAGUGAAAGAGAGAGGGAACAUGCCAGAUCAGAGGAGAGCACUGAAGAGAUCCGCCGUCACUUAGAGGUUCAACUUGAAACCCUGCGAGCCAAACUGAAGGAAGUCCAGGAGCAGAAUUCGGAGGAGAGUCCUGAAAUGGAGGAAAGCCACCAAAGAGAACUGACAAAGGCCCAGCAGGAGGUGGAAAACCUGAAGGAAGAGCUGGCUCAAAAGAGUCUACAGCAUGAGGAGGAAAUGAGAGCUCUGGAGGAGGACUUUGAAAUUGAAAGAGAGCGUCUUCUUUUGCUCCACGAGGAACUGACAGAGCAGCUCGCUCUCAAAGACAGCUACCUGCAGGAUGUGCAAGAGGAAGACGAGGAACCUGCCCGUGGUUCAGGGAUUGCCAAAAUGUUGGAGUUGUCAGGCUGCGCUCAGGGUAAUUCCAGUCAUUGUGAUGGAGAGGAGACAGAGACCGGAAAACUGAAAGCAGCCUUCGAAGAACUUCAAGCCCAGAACACCAUGUUUCAGGAUGAGCUCACUUUGCUCAGUAAUGUGAAAGGUGAGCUCGAGGCAGAGCUGGAGAGGACAAAAGAGGAGUUCCAGACGGAGAGAGAAGAGCUAGAGUUCAAAAUCAAUGAACUGCAGAUGAGCCGAGAUGGCACUCUCAAUGACCAAGCCAUCGCUCUUGACCCUGAGCCACAUGAAGGCAGUGGACAAUUGCAGCAACAAAGUGAAGGAGAUGGAGCGGACUCUUUUUCAUGUAAGUCAGCAAUAUUUCCUGUGAACCAAAAUCUCCCCACUCCAGAGGAGCUCAAGGCCCAGUUUGAGGCCUUGACCAAAGAGAGAGACUUUGCUCUGGCUGAGUGUCAGCAGGUGAGAGAAAUACUGCAAGGUUCUGAGGCAGAACUAGCUGAGAAAACAAAAGAUUUUGCUGUUCAGUACAAUGCCAUGAAGGAACAAGAGGCUAACACUACAAGGGAAUUUGAAAACAAGAUGGAGAAGCUAAUCCAGGAAAACGGCCAGGUUCUGGAAAGGCUGAGUGCAGUUACAGAGGAGAAGAACACUCUUGAGAAAAGCAUACAAGACCUGAAGCUGCAGCUUGAGGGUUUCGCAGGGGAGGACCAGAAGCUUCGCUCCUCUGUAGAGGAACAAACAACCUUAGCUAGUGAGCUAAAGCAAACCGUGGUGGAGCUGACCAAGCAGAACGAGGAGAUCCUCUCCCAACUGCAGAUGAAGGAAAGUGUAACUCAAGAUUUGAAGGACAUGGUCAACAUGCUAAGUGAGGAGAAGAAUAAAUUGCAAUCUCGUCUUCAGCUCAGAGAAGAGGAAACGCGAAAUGUAAAUGAUGAGAAAACAAAAGAAUUCCAGCUACUGCUGGAGGAGAAAGAGAGAGAGGCACUACUGUACAGAGACGAAAAAGAGAAAGAAUUGAAAAUCCUGAAAAAAGAAAAGGAGGAAGUAGAGCGUUUAAAAGAGGAGAUGGGAAAAGAAGAAGAGACUCUGAAAGAAGAGGUGAAAAGAUGGCAGGAAAAAGUUUUUGCAUUAGAGUUGACUAUGAAAGAACUGUCUACUGACAACUCUGAACUCCAUCAGAAACUGGAAGAUGCAUCUUCUGGGCUAACCAAGGCCCAAGAAACAAAGGAACUCUUAGACUCCAAGUUGGCAGCCCUGGAGGCUCAGCUAGAGCAGGAAACCUCUGAAAAACAUGACAGGGAAGCAAAGUUGAAUUCACUGGCAGAGGAUGCAGAGAAUGCUCGUGCCACCUUAAGAGCUUCAGAGGAAAAACAGGAUGAGGUGCUUAACAGCAUCAAGGAAGAAGUCAAGGAGCUCCAAGCACGUGUUGAAGAGUUGGAAAAGGAGAGGAACCUUUUGAUGAUCAGCCUUGAGGAGGCUCGAGGAGAAGCAACAGUAGAGGAGGUACAAAAGGAGCUCCAGGCUCGUAUAGUGGACCUGGAACAGGAGAGGAACAUGUUGAAAGACAGCCUGGAGGAGGUACUGAAAGACACCAAAGGGCUGCAGAAUGACCUGGAGGAAAUGAAGGCAGCCAAUGAGAAGGUUUGCACGGAGAACCAAAAACUGGAGACCCAAAUCUCUCUGAUGUCUCAAAGGAGAGAAGAGAAUGAUGGGGGAGUAGAGGGAGAUAUGGAGAAAGAGAGGAGAGAGCUCAAAGACCAGCUGACAGAGAAGGAAUCACUCAUAUCUCAGUUAAGGAGUGAUAUUGCUGCCCUUCAGGGCUCUGCUUCUCAACCGGCUUCCUCUGAUGAAAAUGCAAACAGUGAAUUCAAAGAGAAAAUAGCACUCCUGGAGAAAGAACACAAAGAAAAAGAUGAGAAGAUGAACAAAAUUAAGGCUGUUGCCAUAAAAGCCAAAAAGGAGCUGGACAUCAGUAAGAAAGAGGUUGCAACCCUCAAGGAGGAAGUGGAGUCACUGAAGGCAGAGAAGGAAAAAGUCAGCAGCUCUAUGAAGGAUAUCAUCCAUGGGGCUGAAGGCUACAAGAACCUGCAGAUAGAUUACGACACGCAGACAGAGCAACUGGAUAAGGAGAGAGAGAAGGUGGAGGCCGCUGAGAGACAGAUUGCCGAGCUGACCAAACGACUCAGCAGUGCUGUCACACAGACAGAAACUAUGAGCAGUGAGAAAGAGGACCUCCUUGCCAGUGUUGAGACCCACAGGAGCACGGUAAAGCAGUUGGAAGCCCAAAAUCAGGAGCUGCAGAGACAGUCUGACCGUCUGGACAGAGAUCUGCUGGCUGAGAGAACUAUGAAAGAGCAGAAGAUCAAGGACUUGUCAUCUGCCACAAAGGAAGUAGAGGAGCUGACAGCCCAGCUACGCAAGCAGCAGCAGCAGUCUCAGCAGACUGCCCAGGAGUUGGAGCAGCUACGCAAGGAGGCACAACAGAGCUCACUGCUAGACAUGGAGAUGGCUGAUUACGAACGGCUGGUGAAAGAACUCAAUGCCAGUCUUGCACAUAAAGAUGAAUGUGCUGAAGAGUUAAAGGCCCAAAUAAACACCCUAACCCAGAAAGAGGAGACACUUAAACAGGAAAUCGAGUCUUUGAAGUCCCAGAUGGACCAGGGAGAGGAGAAGACCUCCAAGAUGAAACAGCUGCUGGUGAAGACCAAAAAGGACUUGGCUGAUGCAAAGAAACAGGAAAGCUCUCUCAUGAUGCUGCAGGCUUCUCUGAAGGGAGAACUGGAGGGGAACCAACAGCAGCUAGAAAGCUCUAAGAUCGAGGUGUGUGAGCUGACAGCAGAACGCCACCGUCUGCAGGAGCAACUUAGGUGUACCCUAGAACAGCAGCAAAGAAACAGCAGCUCCAUGCAGCAAAGAAUCAACAGUCUGCAACAGGAGAGAGACACUGCUAAGGCUGAGCUUAUGGCAACGGCGAGUGAAUUUGAGAGUUACAAGGUGCGAGUCCACAAUGUGCUCAAACAGCAGAAGAGUAAAACUACUGCCUUGAAUGAGGGAGAUACUGGCAAACUAGAACGGGAGCAGUUGUCUUCUCAGGUUGAACAGCUGAGGUCCAGACUGGCAGAGAGCCAGCAGAGCCUCCUGAGCAGCACAGCAGAGCUGCAGCAGCUCCAGACUGAACACGACACUCUGCUGGAGAGACACAACAAAAUCCUCCAAGAAACCAUCAGCAAGGAGGCUGAGCUCCGAGAGAGGCUCCUAUCAGUGCAGUCAGAGAACGUCGGCCUGCGGUCAGACCUGUCCCAGGCACAGGCUGAUCUGUCCUCACAGGUCGAGGCUCAGCGACAGACGUACAGGGAACAGCUAAGGAAACUGCAGGAUGACCAUCGGGCCACUGUGGAGACCCUGCAGGGCCAGUUGACUCGCGUUGAGGAACAACUCUUCAACCUGCAGAGCCAGAACAGUUCUGUGUCAGUCCAGUCCAGCCGUAAAACCCUGACCUCAGAUCCCCAGCGCAGAAACACUGAUCAGAAUCAGUCCGGGCUGCCGCUUAUGACUCUCAGUGACCUCCAGUCUAUGGCCAGAGAGGAGGGUGAGGGCAUGGAGACCACAGAGACUGAGAGCCCCUCUCCUGCUCUAACACCCCUGCCCUCUCUGGAACAUCUUCUGACAUCCCCUGACCCAAAACAAGAACCAUUUGUGUGGAAUGUGGAGCCCACCAAAGAAGAGCUUAGUCAAAAACUGAGCACAGCCACUCGCAGUAUGGAGCAUAUGAACUGUCUGCUGCAUGAGACUGAGGCCACCAAUGCUGUUCUCAUGGAGCAGAUCACGCUGCUGAAGAGUGAAGUACGUCGUUUAGAGCGAAACCAGGAAAGGGAGAAGAGUGUGGCAAACCUGGAGUAUCUGAAGAAUGUCCUGUUGCAGUUCAUCUUUCUGCAAUCUGGCAGUGAGAGACAAGCGCUCCUGCCUGUCAUUCACACAAUGCUUCAACUCAGUCCAGAAGAGAAAAGUAAACUGGCUGCUAUUGCACAAGGUGGGGAAGAGGGGUCUGGCAAUCGGGGUUCAGGCUGGACCUCCUAUCUCCACAGCUGGUCUGGGAUCAGAUAGGCUCAGUAAUCCUUCAACCCGUAAUAGAGAUGCACAGUGCUAACAUGUUAUAGGGCCUUUUCUUAUGAAAACCUGUACUAAGCUCAAAUGUAGUAAGGUUGAAUAUAUGGCACUAAAACAUUUGGGGACCCAUAAGAAGGGACCAAGGAAUGUAUCAACAAAGAAUAAGGAAGUGUGAGAUAGAUGGAACCAAAGUCUUUAACAUGACUAAUGAUUUGGAUUUGUGGUGCAAUAGCUGCAUUAGUCUCUUAAAAAUGAAUAAUCAACUGUGACAAAUUUCUGUCUUCCUUACUCUUUCUAUUAAUACAUUAUCUACCAUUUACAGGACAUAAGGAUUACAUGUCCUUCAUGGGGGCAUUAUACGGCACCAUCAGCACUGUUAACACAUUGAAGUGGAUAUGACUGAUUUGUAUAUUGUGUAACAAUCAAAAAAUUGUAUAAUGCACUGAAGGUGCACAUAUUCCAGUGAAGGAGUAAUGAUAUAAGGGGAUAACUGUAGUUUAAAGUAUAUUACUUGAAUAUAAUUUUCUGAUUAAAUUUUUGUCAUGAACUGACUUAUUCUGGGAAGCAUACUAAUAUAUUUAAGAGAGCAGUGGAGUACAGCAAAGAGCUUCAAGACUCUUUCUUUUUGAAACAAUUAUCAAGGGCAGGCUUAAGUGUUUGCAAAUACUGAAUGUUUUUUUUUAACCAUGGAUGCAGAAUUUACAUGAAACCCACCCAGCAUAACAGAAACAUCUUGAUCUUUUCUCCCGGGUUUUUUUUUUUUUUUUUUUUUUUUUGCAUAUUAAGUACAAAAAGGCAAAUAAAAAUUAAACAUGAUUUGGAAUUUUUUAAACAUCAGCAGCAGAAAUGGGUUUCAUGAAACAUGCUUAACCUCAGGUAGGGUCCAUUGAAAUCUUUCACAUAUGUUUAUCAUAAAUUUACUUCAAGUGUAAAGCAGUGCUUUUCUACAUUCUCAGGUUAAGACCAACAUGGCGUACAUUAUCUUACUAUUAAAUUUAAAUGUUUUUUCUGACUGAUUUCUCAAUUCUUCACUGAUGCCUCAGAUGUUGAAAUCAAUAGCAGUUUUAACUUCCUUUGUUCUGGUUUAUGUGUUUUUGUGGUAACAGUGUGUUGUACCCAUUGUUAAUAGAUAAAUGUUUUGGGAAUGGCUUCUUUUACUUUUAAUCGUAUCUUUUUGUGUUGCUGUUUAAAUUUUAAAUAGGAUAGAUUUGUUGCAACAUCUGUUGCAUAGCAGUCUUACUGAAGGAUGAUCCCUAUGACAGCAAGCACACCCUAACCUGCUUAAGAGGGAAAAGUCCCUUAUAGACCCAGUUGAGCUGUUUUUUGCAAUGCCUGACUAUGACUUUUGCUCUCUGUUGAGGUGGGAAGAAAAAAAGCAUAAUUUGACACUGAAAUCUUCCUCCCUCCCCCAGAAAAGCACACACCCACCCACUCUUAUGUUGCUCAGAUAAUUUGCUCUAAUCCCUCUAAGUUUGGAAAUAACUGUGUUCAUCUUUUUCUCAUUUAAGAGGCAGCUUUGGGUUAUUCCCUCCGCAUUAGUGAAUGUAAUUAAAUUUAGGUUUAUGAAGGUCAAAAGAAGCUAAGAGAGAUUACAGCUAGAAAUGUCUGAAAUGUGUAAAGUUUGAAUACUUUCUGAAUACUUGCUGUAAACUUUUUCAGUUAGAAACUAAAAUAAAUCAGAAAUGAACAAGAAA